CGCGAUCAAGACCCACGAUGCUCUUUGAUUCUCCCUGAGUGUGUACGCCAGCCAACCUGUGCGGAGUGUGUAGCCGAGCUGGCCAGUUGUCUCGUCAUCCAAAUCUGCCAGGGACUAUCUUCGUCCCUCGGGCCGCCCUCGCGGCCCUGGCCGGAUUGGCUUCGACAUGGAUUCGCGUUGACAUGUUGCCCGCAACUGUGCUGGCUCGAGCCUUGACAGCCUGCGCUCGGGAUCCCACGGGUUUGGAAUCAUGAGUGGCGGUGGUGCUGGGCCAGCUCCUCAUCUCUUCGGACUUGAUGAGGUUCAAAGGUACUUGGUGGUGGAGGAGGCCGAGUUGAAGGCAGCCAAGCAGGUCAUCGACCGGCUCGUCCGAACCCUGCAGCCGUUGGUGCAUCCUGCCAAGGUGUACGUGGGAGGUUCUUUCAAAAAGGGCACUUGUCUGCGGCAUGAUUUCGAUGUGGACGCGGUGGUGUUCCUCAAUAGUUUCAGCCAGGAAGCUUUGGAUCUGUGCAAAAGGAAGGUUAAAGAUGCCUUGAGCGGGGGUCAGGACAUGGUUGAGCGUGAAGGAAAGCAAAUAUUGAAAUUGAAGUGCAGCAUGCCAUAUGCUGGUCGUACCCACCUUCCCGUCGAUUUGUCAUUUACAGGACCUGGUGAGGGUCAGUUGGAGAAUCUCAGGGUCGACGCUGAUUCGCCAGACAUUCAUUCUAAGCCGCUCUCGUUCCGAGCCUUUCACACGCAAGCCAAUGAUGACAAGAUCAUUGAGCAGCUGAACGCGUUCAAGGACUUUCAUAUCAGGGAGCUGGUGCUCCUGACAAAGUUUUGGAAGAACAGUUUGAAUGACAGCAAGCUGACCUGGUUCAAAUCGAUUCACAUCGAGCUUGCGUGCUUGAGGGCAGUUCAAGAUACCUCAGCUGGUCAGGGUUUUCGCAUGACCUUUGGCCGGGUUCUGACGCUGAUUGCCAAGGGCCUGGACAAUUCAGAUCUCGUUCGCAGUUUGGCAAUCAGAGAAACGUAUCAUGGGCUCGACGACACAACCAUGCAUCAGGCAAAAAAGCAAGCCAGGGCCACUCUGUCGAAACUUGGCCUGCAGAGCAAUAGCGCAGGUGAUACCUUCCUGUUUGUGAAACCGUCACAGAUACGUUUCACACAGCACAAAUGCAGUCCCAAGUUUAGCGAUCGCGAUGGACAUGGAGUUUCUAUCGGUGACACGGCAUUACAGCUCAUAGAAGGGGACGUCCACAAGCGCGAUGUCCCUAUGAUCAAGGUGGUUGAGCACGAAGAUGGGCACAUUUACAGUGUUGAUAACCGCCGAUUGGCUGUGUUUCGCCUACUUGAGAUCCACGCCUGCACACGCAUUGUCAAGGUACAGGUGGUGGCCACGAAUGAACUGCACCGGAACGAAUGGGUAAACAAAUUCAGUACAAAAACGGAUGGGCGCAUCAUCACUGUGUCCGGCCCUGAGGCUUGGACGAUCGGGGUGACGGCUGAAGAGACGACAUACCCUCUCGACAUCAAGCGUCAGCAGAAAACGAAAGCUAGAUAUGACUUGGAUGACCUGGAGCCCGAUGCCGAAGACCCAUUGCUAGUAGAGCCUUCAGCAAAUCCUCUCAAGAGGAAGAAGCACCCUGUAGUCGGAGCUGUGAUCGUUGUGCCAAGGGAUUUGAAAGAUCAAAUUCUGCGGGAAGGCUAUAGGUGCUCUCGCCGCCGUCGCGUACCAUGCUCUCACGAUCUUUCGGAAGCACUCCGCGGGUACAAACGCUUUUACUCUCAGCGGCCAUACGCGAUUUUGGAAGUCGUCGAUCUGCCUGAUGGAAUUGGGGCUGAUGUCUAUAAGGCUGGGUACAAGAUCAACACCCCUCACUUGCCUGCGGGCUGCCUUGAGGAAAGCCGCCAAUAGCGUGCGUUUUGGCAACUCUGUUGGCGGGACUACAGCACGAGCAACGAUGGUAGGAAUACAGAUCUUUGUGCGUAGCAGCAAUGACUCAUGCAUGUGGUGUGGGCCUCUGUGAGCUUCAGUGGGGCUCGGUGAGCUGCGCGCCACAGGAAGUUCCUCCUCUGGGUCCUCCUCCCCCCCAACCCUCUCGGUGGAUCCCCAUGAUCUUCCUUCUCUCCGUCCGUAUUGUCCUACUCAUCACCAUUAGUUCUCAUUUUUUGACUGGCCAACCUUGAUUCGUCUGUCAGUGUGGCACCGCUCC